AUGGCUGCUAAAAUUGACUUUAUCAAAGAGGUUUCCGGGACAAAGAUGCAUUGGUAUUUUAAAGUGCGAGUCAUGAGAUUUUGGAUUAUUCCUGAUCGUGAAAAGGAAGACAACAUCAUUUCCAUGGAGAUGGUGUUGCAAGACGAAAGGAUAAGUACACUUUUGAUUGGUGUGCGUAGAGAUAACUCUAUGAGAAUUAGCCAAAUUUCAACUCAGCGUACUUAUUCUGUUUCGAAGGAACUAUCAUCUGGUGAUAUAGAGGCUAAGACUAUUGCGCAAUUGAUCCAGUGUCUUCAUGAGGGAAACUUUUGGAUAUAUGCGACCAUACUUCAUGUAGAAGUGGAGAAUCGAUGGUCGUAUAUGGCCUGCAAGAAGUGCACUAGAAAGAUCGACAAACUUGGAAAUAAGUUUCAUUGCAAGAAAUGCGAUCGCCUGGAUCAUUCAGCUACUUAUAGAUAUAAACUUCAAGUGAGAGUAAUGGAUGGUACCGAUUUUAUUUCUUUGUUGCUUUGGGAUCGCGAAGCAACAAAGCUGAUUGGGAAGACCGCUACUCAAUUGAAAGGACACGUAGACGAGGUAGCUGUCAAGACCGAUAAUGUAGAGCAGCAUAAUGAGGUUUAUACCGUAAUUAAGAUAUGUGAUGAUGAGGAAGUCACCAAGCAAUUUUGUCCCUCUCACAGUGACGACUACUCCCCAGAUCCAGAUAUCAACUGUGAGAAGAUCGCUGAUGAACCUCUGGAAAUCACGAUGAUUUUAGAUUCUAAUCCUCAUAAUGACUUGAUUACUCCGACAAAUACUCCUGCCAAGAGAAGUUUAUUGGAGGUUGAAUCUCUUGGCAUUGAAGUUGAUGAUGACCCUAAUUCACAACUCUCAAGCACUAAGGCCUAUAGAGCUUUUGCUGAUAAAGAUCUUUCCUUUGAUAUAUAUAACAAAAAAGCAAAGGCAGUUAGUGGUCCAUUACUCUCGGCAUCUAUAGAGGACGUCACACAUUCAGAUGCAGCGUUGAAAAGAGUUUUUGAAUAG